AUGGCCCUUUUCUUUGCCGUAACGCUGGCGUUGGCAGCCAUAGUUCAAGCCGCAGCUUUAGCUGCUAAUUACCCUGUCAAUGCUCAACUACCACCCGUCGCACGGGUCUCUCAGCCCUUCAGAUUUGUGUUUGCUGCCAGCACCUUUUCCAACACUGAUUCCGAUACCGAGUAUUCACUCAAGAACGCGCCAUCAUGGCUCGAAGUCGAUAGUGCCAGCCGUACCCUCUCGGGAACGCCAGAUUCACAGGAUAGCGGCUCGAAGACAUUCAAACUCGUCGCGUCAAAUGGUUCGGACUCUGACAGCAUGGAUGUUACUCUGAUCGUCACCUCAGACCAAGGUCCGACAGUGGGUACAUCUCUUGUAUCGCAGCUGCAGACUGUGGGGCCUGUUUCGUAUCCAGCAACAUUAUACAUCCACCCUGGUCAGCCAUUCUCCAUCGAAUUCGACCCGAGUACCUUUCACAACACGCACCCGUCGACGAUCUACUACGGAACAUCGCCCAAUAACGCUCCACUGCCUUCCUGGAUUGGCUUUGAUCCGUCAACCCUCAGAUUCGCCGGAAAUACCCCGGCUUUCCCCGGAUCUGGUCCUCAAGAGUUUACCUUUCAGCUGGUUGCCUCUGACGUCGCGGGCUUCAGUGCUGUGAAUCAGACCUUUCAGCUCGCUAUCGGGCCGCACAUCCUAGCAUUCAAUGAGACCGUGCGAACUUAUAACCUGACGAGAGGCGAGGCCUUCAAUAGCCCUGGUUUCGAAAGCCUCGUUACCAUGGACAGCUCGCCUAUCGCUAGUAAAGACCUGAUCGCCAUUGAGGCAGAACUUCCCGACUGGUUGAGUCUCGACAAGCGUUCAAUUUCUCUGAUUGGCACUCCGCCGAAAACUGCCGUGAACCAGAACAUUACGAUCACUGUGACGGACACCUACCACGACGAGGCAAAGCUAAUGGUUCGGCUAGAGUUCAUGGAACUCUUCUUGAAGACCGUUCAAGGCUGCGAGGCGACCAUUGGCGAAGACUUUUCAUUCGUCUUCAACCAGUCAAUUCUGACCGAUGAUUCUGUGCAACUUGACGUCGAUCUCGGCGAUGAUCUUCCUUGGCUUACUUAUACUUCUGCCAACAAGACGCUCGCCGGACACGUUCCGUUGGCAAUUCAGCCACAAACAUUCACUAUCCAUCUCAAAGCAUCCCAGGGGUCAACUGAGAACCGACAGGACUUUGAAAUCAAUGUUAUCGAGCCGUCAGACACGACUCCAGGUUCUGAUCCCUCCGAUCCUUCCAGCCCCUCCCACCAAAAGGCCGGAAUCAUUGCAAUCUCUGUCAUCAUUCCCGUAGCUGUUAUUCUGAGCUGUAUCAUCCUUUUCUGCUGCUGGCGUCGUCGGAGAAAGUCGCCGACGGUGGAAGAUGGACAAAAUCCAUCGGAGAGCAAGGUGCCCCCACCACGUCCUGCACGGCCAGACCUCCCCAAUUGCCAACCGGGUGCUACUGGCAGACCUUCGCAAGAUGACAACUCUGAUGACUGGAUGAGUCCAAUCUCACCUGCCUCCGACCUACCCAAGCUUGAGCUCGGUCCUACUUGGAAUGUGGCAACAUUCGAGAAGCCGGAAGCCAGCAUGAGGGCGAUUCCUGAGCCUAGCCCACCACCACGGUCCCCAAAGCGUAGAGAAUUCGUCCCCUUGCGAGACCCUAUCAUCGAGGAGGGCAAACAGGUCUCGCCCACUAGAAAGCAAAAGCAUCGCCUUUCGACCUCUGCUAGUCCUGGCGUACGCCGUCGAACUAGCAAUCGUUCCCGCCGAGAGCCUCUGAAGACCAUUCAACCACGAGCGAUGAAGCGUGAAUCUAUCCAGUCAUCCCGCUCGAAGCGAUACUCAAGGCGUUCAAGUGGAAUCUCAACUGUCGCCGCUGGCCUGCCAGUAAGAAUGAGUGGCGCCGGACACGGUGCUGGUGGCUUCGGGCCUCCCGGACACGGCUUCGUGCGUAUGUCAUGGCAAAACACCAAAGCUUCAUUUAUGAGCGAUGACGGCAACCUGGGAAAUCUUGCCCCCUUAUUCCCGCGACCUCCUCCUGCCGCUGCCUGUGCCAGAUACAGUAUUGCCGAGAGUAUCCCUGAAAAUUCCAAACGCGUUACCUUAAGGGCCGUCGAGCCAGACGAGUCGACCAUCUCCGAAGCCGAUUCCCUCGAGGCAUUUGUCCACACCCGUGCCAAGCACCGCAACUCAUCAAAUCCCCUUUUCUCUGCUCAAAUCAGCCGCCGCACAUCUUCCGGACUCCGGGCCCUUGAACGAGCUCGCAGUCAGCGUAGCCGUGCCGAUACUGUCUCCGUGUCUACCUUUAGCGAUGAAUACCGCCAGUCUAUUCAGGGCCGUCCUUAUUCCAUGUCCGAAUAUGGUGACGAAAACCGGAUAUCCCAAUACCAACCUCUCCAGCCACCACCGGGUUUGUUCCCGCUCGCCGAAGGUGGCGGCCAUAGCCAGAGUCAGUUGAGUCUGGCACAGGACUACCGCGGAGUCAUCUCUCCUCUUCCACGCUUCUGGAGUGAGAACAGUCUCAGCAGUGCUCGGCGUCUAGAAUCAGGGUCUCACCCCAAACCACCUCAGCAACUACGGGCAGAUACCGACUCGGGCGUCCCACAUAGCUCUUCGAUUGUGUCCGAUCUUGAAGAACAUCUUUCUCGGAAAGCUAGCCCUCAAAAAGCUGCUGCGGCAAGAGAGAAUCAAGCAUGGAAUAUGGGACUUGAACCUCCGCCACUGAUCAAAAGUGCCAGCUCUCGUGGGCUCCCGGUUGCCAGUAGUGGCGAGCUAGCAUUUGUCUGA